AUGUCUACCGCUCCCCAAAGGAUUCCCGCAUACGUGCUUAUCAUUGCUAUUAAUGGGCAUAAUCUCUUUGCUCCCGAAUCCGAUGCAUACCGACUGCGCGACACAUUGGUUCAGAUUGGUAUUCCAGAGUAUGCUAUUCAACUACUCAUUGGUGCGCAUGCAACUCGCAAUGCAAUCAUUCACCACCUGCGUAAUAUCGCGACGAACCCCAACAUCUUGAAGGACGCACCUAUCAUUAUCUAUUUUGCUGGUCAUGGUGUGCAACAGAGGUUCCCCAUCCCCGGCCUUGGAACUAUCAACGCCGAAUGUAUCAUUCCAUUCGAUACUCUAUCUAGCGGAAAUCAGGUGCUGCCUAUUCCCGACAUAACAAUAUCUGCACUCCUUGGCGAGAUCGCAAAGGAGAAAGGCGAUCAGAUUAUGCUUCUACUCGAUUGCUGUCACUCUGGAAGCGGAUCUCGCGAUAGUGACAACGAAAGUCGUGGAAAAUUGCCAGAUGGCCUCUUGAAUAUCGAUGGGGAAGAAUUCAAGAACGAAGAUGGUGAUAUCUGGGCCAGCUUCCUUCGGGAGAAUGGCAGUGCAGAUGUAGGUCCCAAGUCCCGGUCUAUAGCUACGUCUAGCCCGGGCUCGCUCCGCUACCAAGGAAUCAAGUCUCACACCCUCAUCGCUUCCUGUCGUGAAUACGAGGAAUCCUUCGAAUACUCUAAAAGCGGGCAGGCUCCUACAGGUGUCUUUACCUCCGCCCUGAUAGAUGCGUUCCAUGACUGUCAAGAAACUGGAAUGAUAUGGGACGUAACCUAUACAGGGUUCUUUUUUCGUCUCAAGAGCUUCAUGAACGAUGAUAUUCAAGGCCUCCAGCGGCAAUUCGGGCGAGACAAAUUCAACCAAACGCCUCAGUUAGAAGGGUACAAUCUAGAGCGGCGUGUCUUUGCUACCCCAGCACUCCCUCAUCGCGACCACGCUAUCGCCCCUAUCACAGCUACGGGAAGGCCCGAUCAUUAUAUCAUUCCCGUUAGCUCACUUGCAGGGGUGCGCCCAGACUCUGAAUUCGAGGUGUACGACUAUUCUCAAGGCCAGCCCCGCACCAAAGGUCGUUUCCGCGUAUCGGCCAUUGACGAAGCCCGUGGCAGCACCACAAUCGUGGGUAGCGGCCAAAAUCCACGGCUCAGCCCUGACGCCUAUGCCGUCCUGUGCAUACUACCUCCUCCACUUUACAUAGAACUAUCGCCUCAUCUUUAUCAGAUAUGGACGUCCCCCGAUUUCCAGAGCGAUCUAGGAAAACGGCUGAAUGCAAACUACCCAGUCGACCGUUUUAUUGCUCUCGUUCGACCCGGGCAGGCUUCAAAACUGCGCGUUUCACCGUCCGCAUCGACGGGUGGGAUCAAGAUAGAACCCACAGACGGUCGGAGCCGCUCGAUUGCACUGCGUGACCAGCGUGCUUCUCGUCUAUCCGAUGCGCUCGCCAAGGCUGUGAUGUUUUAUUACCAUCUCGAGCGCCAGGUUGUUGUCCCUCGUAAUGACACGCCAUUCGAAUUGCAAGCUUUUGAAUUGAUCGACUCGGUUCCGAACGAUAUACACUAUCGUAGCAUACUCGUCCCCGAUUCAAGGCGAUCUAUCAAUUUCUCCCCUAAUGAAGAGACUCGCAUCUAUCAUUCAAACGCUCAUUUCGGGCUGUAUCUCAAGAAUCGUACGAGCUAUUCAUACUACAUCUAUAUAUUCUAUUUCGAUCCGAACGAUUUUUCGAUAACACCCAUUUAUCUUCCUCCAACAGACAUGCCCUCAGUACCCAAAGAAGGGGAGCUUACGAUCGGUUAUGGAAACAAUGGCGCACCCCCGUUGACUUUCACGGUCGCUCCUGGCUUGACCACCGAUCCUGGUUUCUUCAAGAUCUUCUAUUCGACUAGUCCAUCCGAAGUGGGGGCUAUCAAGCAAAAAGGCGUCGAUCCUAACCAGCGCGGUACCCCUCGCCCAGGAACACCUUAUUACCAGCCGACCUCGCCCUCGUAUGGUUCGGUGUUAUAUCCAAUUGCUGUUUUCAGCCGUCCUCCGGGCUCGAGACAUUAG